AGGAAGUUGUCAAUAAACUUCAUCUGUUUGUCGCAAAGACCAGACCUAAAAUUUGAGAUAGAAAUGGUUGAAUAUACGAUUUUAUGAUUGACGCAAAACAACGGCCAUGGAAGAAGAGGAAAUCCCAUUGCCUGCUUCAAAAGGAACGUACAAUAUAGACUUUGACAACCUGGAUGAUUUUAAUCCAUUCCAAUCAAGUUCCAAAAUGGGUUUCUCUCCACCAAAGACAGACUCCCCCCUCAACCCAUUUCAAUCCAGAAGCAAAUUAAGAUUGUCUCCGCCCCUGAGUGAUUGCAAUGAAAAUCAGAUCAAGUCUGAGAGUGUCGAUUCUGUGACUGAAAACUCAGAUGUGGUGAAUACUGUUGAUACUGAAAAUCAGUCAGUCAAGGGAACAAAGAAUCAGAGGUCACCAGAAGAGGGUUCACCACAGGGGUCAAAGGUCGACAAAAAUCCAAUUGAAAUGUCUGAUACUAGUACACAAAAAGAAAUCCCCAAAAAGGAAGCCAGCACAAAGAAAGCAACAUCUCCGAAGAAGGGAAUCAAAAAGCCAAAAAAAUUCAAACCACCAGCAAACUUUGGGUUUCAGGGAGGAGGUGACAUAGAAAUAUUUGCCCCACCCCCAAAAAACAGCAAUCCAAGUGAAGACAAGCAACAAGCAGAGACUAUAGCCAAUGAGCAUGACUUACCUGGAUCACAUGACGUAGAAGUGACCAAUCAGAUGACACAUAGUCUGGAGAUGGUCCAUGAGUUUGGUGCUGGAGAAAUGCCUGAAGAAGAUAAUGAAGGCUUUGCUACAGCACAAGCGGGAAUUGAUGAACAGUCAGCUUGGGAGAUGCUGGAUAAAUAUGGAACAGAGGAAAAGUGUGAAGAUGGAGAAGACAAAGAAUUUGUUCACCAAGAGAAAACAGGGGAGGUAGAUGUUCAUCCUUCGGAAUCCAGUGUAGAUCCAGAAGACAUUGUUAACAGCUCCCCGAGUCCGUUAAUGACCACACCCAAGGCCUGGACGCGUGUUCCCAAACACCCAGCAGCUCGGGUACUGGAAGAAAAUCUGGAGGAGCAUGGGGGUGUAAGGGGAAGUAAUAAGAACAACAGUGAUGAAACUGACGAAUUGAAAUACUACGAUGCUUACGAAUAUCCACCUAAGAAGGAUGGUAAAGAAAUGACAGAGGCGAAAUCUCCGGUUGAUAACAAUAUUGUACAUCUAGUCCAGGAACAGAGCAGCAAUAAUAAGGUGCUAAAAUACUCUCAGUCUGAUGUGAAUAAAAUAAAACAGGACUUGGAGCUCGACUUUCAGGCCCGACUCCUAAACAAGGAGAGAGAAUGGAGUCAGAAACUAGGGGCACGGGACAAAGUAAUUACAGAGCUACAGGAACAAAACAAAUUGUACAAGGCAACUAAUGAGGACAUGAGGGCAGUUGUUGCUGAGUUUGAAAAGACUAUUGCCCAGUUACACACUGAAAAGGAGAGAUCGGUGAAUGAAUCACAGCAGACAUUUGAGGAAGUCGUCAAAGAGCGAGACCAGGCCUUAGAAGAUCUUCAAGGAGUGGAAGCCUCAUUUUCAGAUUUGCACAGACGAUACGAGAAAACGAAAGGUGUUGUGGAGGGUUUUAAAAAGAAUGAGGAGGUAUUAAAGAAGUGUAUCCAGGACUACCAGAGUAAAUUAAAAGUAGCCGAGGACAAGCUACAGGAAUUCGUCCAGCAGGCAGAGACCAAGAUUGACAAUGCUAACAGUGAAAUGGAACGCACCCGUAAGACGGCAGCAUCGGACAUUGCUCGUCUGGAGGCAGCGGUGAAGAAAGCAGAACUUCAAGUCCAGAGUCUACAGAGGUCACUGGAUCAAAAGGUAAAAGAAAAUGAAGAAUUGACCUCAAUAUGUGAUGAACUGAUAGCAAAAGUGGGAAGCUGAAAACACCUCCAUAUCAACGUACCAUCAUCAUCCCAACUCCAUACAAGAAACUGUACACCAAGUUUCAUAAUAAUUCAUUAAGACUGAAUGACUUGGUAAUUUAAGUGCUUUAUUGAAAUUGAAUGAUUUUUGGAAAUAUACUGCCAUUAUAAUUCAUCACUCAAUUUUGUCAUUUUAUGUAUCAGAUUCAUGAUUUAUAUGAUUAUACGCUGUCAGUCUGCAUUAAUUUCUUGCCUCCAGUAAGCUUAUGAUUUUUAUUGAAUUUGAACAAAGAAUUUAAAUAUUUUCUGCUUCUAACAUGCUUAUGACUAACAUAAAGUUCCUACCUGUACAGGUAUUUGUUCUUACCUGUACAGGUAAUUGUUACUUUUGAUAUACAGUAUACUCACUUUUAUCUCAAUUUUCUUGACAAACUUCAGGUACUUGACUUUGUUUGAAAGAGAGAAACAUUAGAUAAACUGGGUACCCAAUGUGAUACAGAAACCAUUUUUGUUCUUGUUUAUUAAAGAAUAUAGAAUCUAUUGAAAUAUUUUACUAUGUAUUAUUACAGUUUGUUAUGUUUACAAUGCAAAUUUUAUUUGCUGUGAAAAUGAUAUUCCUUUGAUAUAUGUUAUUGAACGAAUUGUUACACCUUGAAUUUCAAAUGUACUAUUGAAUUGUGCUGAAACUUAACAUAUGAAAAGUAGGAAUGAGGGAUGUAUGUAAAUCAUAUAGCUAUUUAUGUUAUUUAAAAUUCUUCAAAGUGUCAUUUAAUUAAGGUCCAUUGUUUCCUGAUAUGUAUGUAUAGAACUGUCAUGAUUUAUUUGUAUACUGUCGAUAAGUUUUGCAAGAGUUAUCCUCCCUAGGUGAAGUGAUGACCACUUUAAAAUAAUUAAUAUUAAUUAAUAUUAAUCUCAAUAAUUAAUAUUUUUAAUGUGAGGAUGAUUCUCAACAUCAACAUCAUUUUGUGAUGGAUAUAAAUAUCAUUAAAAAAUGUACAUAGAGGAUUUUGCAUAGAAUUAACAAAACCUGGAAGAAAAACACCAAAUUAACACAUUCACAAGGAUUGUCUGAAAUAAAUUUGUGAAAAUGUUCAUCCUUUGAAUUUUACAAAUUUAUGCUAGGUUUAUUUUUUGGUGCUUUGUUUGAUUUUGAUGAGGAAUUUAAUCUCCUUUAUCACGCUGCAUAUCCAUGACUGUUUGAUUUGCCAAUACACUGUACACCAGUGCACCAUGAAUAUAUACUAUUUGAGCAUACUUAAUAUCAUUGAUAAUUUAUGAAAAUAGAUCAGGUUUUGCCAGAAAAUGCUUGUGCUUAGAAUGUAUCAACUCCCAACUUCCUUUUGAAGAAAAUGAAUUUUCAUCAAAAAUAUGUAGGAUAUGAAGAGAUUAAACUAAGAAUUACAUGUUUACUUGCUAGUAAAGAUACAAAUACCAGUAUGAGAUCAGAAUAUGUUAUACAAUAAAUUAUUACAGUCACUGCAGUUGCCAUGAUUAAAAAUUUUAUCAUGUCUGGUCAUUUUGUUGCAAUUACACUUGUGCAUGUUAUUUGAUAUACUAUGAUUUUUUUUAUUAAAAAGACAGAGAGGAGAAAUUGUAGUUAUUGUUUCUU